AAAGUUCCUAAUUGUUCUGGCUGCCAAUCAAUAACGCUGUCUCAAGGGACGAGGAGAGCGGGGGCGCUGUGGAGUUGCCUUGGCGAAGGCUGGACUAUGGUGCGGCCAGUUUCCGCAUCCGAUCUGGGAAGCCGAAGAGGGAAAAGUCGGGACGACGCUGUUGCAUUUUACUAAAGGAUAGACUGUUUUGUUUGGCUUAUUGACUUCGAAACCCACGAAGGGUUUACUGGAAAUAAGAUAAGCGUAUUUCGAGCGGUUGGAAAUAGGCGGGCGCGGCCCCCGGAGACAGGACCCCAGCUCGGAACAAGGGUGUCAUGGCCCCGGCCCUGCGGAGAUGCAGAGAUCACCGCUCGUAGCGCGCGCCACCCACGCCACACGGACCGCCGACUACUACUACGCGGGGCGGGGCGGGGCGGCGACGCCCACGACGGCGGCGGCGGCGCACAUGAACGGCCACGCGACGGAGCCCGACGGCGACGGGGCGGGCGGAGUCCCGGACGAGCAGCCCCAGUGGCAGCGGGAGAUGCCCGUGGACUGCCCGGGGGACCUGGGCGCCCGCACCCUGCCCGUCCGGCGCAGCGCCCAGCUGGAGCGCAUCCGGCAGCAGCAGGAGGACCGCAGGAGGCGGGAGGAGGACGGGCGGAGCAAGCAGGAGCUGGAGCUCAACUCCUCCAUGCGCCUCAAGAAGCUGGCGCAGAACCCCAAGGUGGGGAUCGACAACCCCACCUUCGACCCCGUCGAGGGGCCCGGGGGGCUCAUGGGACAGGGCCUGGGCCUGGGAGGAGCCCCCACCCUGCUAGAGCUUGAGGACUUGCUGAUGUCACUGAAGCAGGUCCAGCACUGUCUCAGCGACUCGCAGAGCCAGGAGGACGUGGCCCUGGUGCUGCAGCUGGUCCAGAAGACCGACUUCCAGAAGGCCUUCAGCAUCCACAAUGCGGUGGCGCUGCACAUGAACCGGCCCAGCCCUCCCUUUCCCCUCACCGCCCGGGUCCAGGGGCUGGCACAGGAGGUGCAGACCAUGUUGCAGACCACGCAGCAGAAGGAUGGUUUGGAGCUCAACGCCCUGCUGACCUCCCCACAUCUGCAGGGCCUAAUGCAGGCCCACGACAUCGUUGCGGAGCAGGAGAUGCAGCCCGAACCCCUGGGCCCCCCCGACGGGCCCUUAGAGACGCUGACGCAGUACGGAGGCGAGACGGUCAAGAUCGUCCGCCUGGAAAAGGCCCGGGACAUCCCUCUGGGCGCGACGGUGCGGAACGACAUGGACAGCGUGAUCGUGAGCCGCAUCGUGAAGGGCGGGGCGGCCGAGAGGAGCGGGCUGCUGCACGAGGGCGACGAGAUCCUGGAGAUCAACGGCGUGGAGAUCCGCGGGAAGGACGUCAACGAGGUCUUCGACAUCCUGGCUGAAAUGCACGGCACCCUCACCUUCGUCCUCAUCCCCAGCGCACAGAUCAAGCCCCCGCCCCUCAAAGAGACCGUGGUUCACGUGAAGGCGCACUUCGACUACGACCCCUCGGACGACCCCUACGUGCCCUGCCGGGAGCUGGGGCUCUGCUUCCAGAAGGGCGACAUCCUCCACAUCAUCAGCCAGGACGACCCCAACUGGUGGCAGGCCUACAGGGACGGGGACGAGGAGAAUCAGCCCCUCGCGGGCCUGGUCCCAGGGAAGAGUUUCCAGCAGCAGAGAGAAGCCAUGAAGCAGACGAUAGAGGAGGACAAGGAGCCUGAGAAGUCAGGAAAACUUUGGUGUGCAAAGAAGAACAAGAAGAAAAGGAAGAAGAUCCUGUACAACGCCCAUAAGAAUGACGACUACGACAAUGAGGAGAUCCUGACCUAUGAGGAGAUGGCGCUGUACCACCAGCCGGCCAAUCGCAAGCGGCCCAUCGCCCUGAUCGGCCCGCCCAACUGCGGGCAGAACAACCUGCGGCAGAGGCUCAUGAGCAGCGAGCCCGACAGAUUCGCCGGCGCCGUGCCGCACACCACGCGGAACCGGCGGGAGAUGGAGGUGAACGGGCGGGAGUACCACUUCGUGUCGCGGCAGGCCUUCGAUGCCGACACGGCGGCCGGGAAGUUCAUCGAGUCCGGCGAGUUCGAGAAGAACCUGUACGGCACCAGCACCGACUCGGUCCGGCAGGUGAUCAACACGGGCAAGAUCUGCCUGCUCUGCCUGCACACCCAGUCCCUAAAGGUCUUGCGAAGCUCGGACCUCAAGCCGUACAUAAUCUUCAUUGCCCCUCCGUCUCAGGAGCGAUUGCGGGCCCUCCUGGUAAAGGAGGGCAAAAACCCCAAGCCAGAGGAGCUGAGGGACAUCAUUGAGAAGGCCCGGGAGAUGGAGCAGAACUUCGGCCACCUUUUCGACGCUGCGAUCGUCAACACGGAUCAGGACAAGGCCUACCAGGAGCUCCUGCGUCUGAUCAACAAGCUGGAUACGGAGCCCCAGUGGGUCCCCUCCUCCUGGCUACGCUGAGGAUGAGCGUCCCUCCAGCUCAUUCCUGCAUUCUGGCGAUGCUGAGGAUGAUCGGCCGCCGGCCUUUCUCGGCCUCCUCCUGACUACGCCGAGGAUCAUGGGCCCCCCCUGCUCUUUCCCCUUCAGGCUACUCUGAAGAUGAGCAGCCCCCAGCCCUUUCCUCUCUUUCUGACUUUGCUGAGGAUGAUUGGUCCUCCACCUCUUUCCCUUCCUUCUGAAUACGCUGAGGAUGAUUGGUCCUCCACCUCUUUCCCUUCCUUCUGAAUACGCUGAGGAGGAUUGGUCCUCCACCUCUUUCCCUUCCUUCUGAAUACGCUGAGAAUGAUUGGUCCUCCACCUCUUUCCCUUCCUUCUGAAUACGCUGAGGAUGAUUGUCCCUCCAGCUCUUUCCCCACCCUCCUCAGCUGUGCUAAAGAUGGCCAUGUUGCUCAUCUCCCCCAUCCUCUGUACUGCUGAAUCACCUAGAAGGAAUGGCUUUCAACCCUAUAUUUUGGCAAAAAAGCUGGGAGGUCCUUUUUUUAGCCUGCCUUCUGUAAGUGUACAGUCAUCACGCAUGCUGGAACCGACCCAGAAUCUAUUCCUUUUCUCAGGGGGCUGGAGAGGGGGCGUGUCCCUAUUGUAAUUGUUCUAUUUUUUUGUUUUAUUAUGCUUUUUCUUAUUCUUAAUUGUCAUCAUUCCAGAUAGGCUAUAUCUUCCAGCACUUGGUGGCAGCAAUAGAAAUAGUUGUCCUUUACUGCUUUUUGAUAUCUAUUUAUAAUUGUAAAUAUAUAUUUUAAAAUGAGUUUUGAUGAGGAAAAAAAUGGUAGUACAGAAUGCAUAUCCAGUGAAUCGCACUGCACACUAAUUUGCUUUACUGUGACCUCAGGCCCUGUGUGACAUGUGAUGGUCUGACGAGUGACGUGUGUUCAAGUUCUGAGUUGGUCCUAAACUGUACUGUUGUACUACUGUACUAUACAAAAAAUUUGUUCCACGCAAUUCGAUUUUCACUACUACUAAUAAGAAUUUUAAAAAGAGGAGGUAGGAGAAACAACACUAUUUUUUUAGAAUGAUAUCUUGUGUAGCAAUAACCCCCGUCAGUUUUCUUUUUGCAUCUUCGCCUGAAGUACGUCUGUCUCGCCCCCUAACAGAGGUUAAACAGUGUUCUCUAGUGUGACACUAACGGCGAAAGCAUUAGUGUCCUCGUACCGUAACGUUAAAAGGGAUGAAUGUAUCUUACCGCCUAGAUUAGAAACCGCACCAUUUAAAUCUCGGUUACCUCAGACUGGCGCGUGGCUGCCCUUCGUCUGAGUGAGGCAUUAGUCUGCGUUCACACGGCAUCGAGAACACGGUCGCUCACGCUUUCCUGUGGCGUCCAGGUGCUACAGUAGUUCCAAUAAAACUGGAUUACGGAGAAUUAAAUGUUUAGAUGAAAACACGAGAAAAAAAA